ACUUACAGUCAGCCCCACCAUGACGCCCCCAAAGUGAACACUAGUACUGACCACUGAGUGACAAUAUAUAAACUCUGUGAAACUGGGCUGACAACAGCGACUUUCUUCUCUGCCUUGAUGAAGAAGCCAUCAGCAAUGAAACUCCAUGCUGCAGCUAUCCUCAUCGUUUUCUGGCUUGGCAUCUUCACUAUUGACACGGUGAAAGGAAGCAUUGGAAGUCAGCCCAUGCGCAAAUUCAGUUGUGUAAAUCUGUCUACGCAGCAACUGAACAUCCGAAAACUUGUCAGCUACGAAAAGCGAGAAGUUCCAGUAGAAGCUAUAAUGUUUAUCACCACCAAAGGGAUCAAGAUCUGCGUAAGCCCCAAAGAGAAGUGGGUGCAGACUGCUAUGAAGAAAAUAGAUGAAAAACGUACCAGAGGCAAAUAAUCCUGUCCCAGGCAAGAUUCUAAGGUCAACUACGUGGAAUCACCAUCAAUGCUACACAUAACAGGGAAUAAAGCUUUAGUAUCUGCUUUUAAUUCCUAUUUAUUAAUUGGCAAUAAAAUAUCUGAACAAACAUGAACUCACCAGAAUCUGUUCAUCACCAGCUAAAUGUCUGCUGACUUCCUCGUUUUACAGCUGGAGCCUGUUACAUUGCUUUUUUUCUGAAAUGCUUGAUAAUAUUUAUUUAAAACUGAAUGUAGAUAUCUUCCCAUCCUUGCUUCCCCGACCAGUGUGACAUUCAAGGGUGAGUAACGAGUGAUAGUUUUACAUACUGUAGGAAAGAAGACAACUUCCCACAGAGCUGGAUGAGUGCAGACCUCCAUCCUGAUGGAGAUCAGAAUGUUGUGCAUUGAGUGCUGGGUUUGAGAAGGUGCUGUGUAAUUUAAUGGUUACUCAUACCUAUAUAAUCUAUAAGGAAACUAACUUCAUGCUUCAAGCUAUCACCUGAUCAGUGCAAUAUUCAGAUCAUCUUUGGGCCUUCUAUUUUUAUACAUAGUAUUGGUGCUAUUAUCUCAGUCCACUUAUCCUGCCCACUGACUUCAUUGAAGUUACUUCAGUUUCGCCCUCAUGUGAGACAAACCUGAAACAAUUUACUUUUUACUCUGCUAUUCUCUGUAUAAGCAAGAACAAACCAUGUCUGGAAUCUGUAUUUCACAAACUCAUAGGAACUCCCUGCCCUA